GAGUAUCUAACACGUGGGUGACACACCGAAAACCUGAAACUCAGAAUAUUAUUCGCGAAAAGUCGCGAAAACAUAGUAAAAAAGAUAAAAGGAAGCGUAGGAGCAACAAGAUGGAAAACAUAGAUAAAAUUCUACAAGAAUUCUCAACGCCGAGGGAGUUACUACAAGAAUUAAACAAACUGACAGACGAGGUAACCUCUCGCACGAAGAAUAAAGAGCUAAUGUACUCGUUGGCGGAAAAGGUGAUCAAGUUAAGAAAAACACUAAACGAACUACCGGAAAUCGAGGAAAAUCAGCAAGAGCUAGAUAAAAUAAAUAAAAGCUGGGAAGAAAAAACCAGAAAGUUAAUAGAUUUAGCGAAUAAAAAACCGUCAGAAAUAAUCACGAUAAAAGAUGAAUUCUCAGUCAAAAAUGAGAAUCAAGAAGAGACGUACAACGAUACGAUAAAUAUAACAGCUAAUUUUCCAGGAAUCGACACGGAAGAUCGGGAACCGACAUGGCAUCCUGAAGAGGAGGUACAAACACCGUCAACCGGCAUUCCAGAUAACGAAAACGACUGGCAGCAAUUAACCGGAGGACAAAGCAACAUUUAUUCAGAAUCCGAAGGCGAACAAGAAACACAACAGAUUGAGCAGCCGGCUAAAAAACGUAAGACAAAUAAAAAGAAAUACCCGAAGAAACUAAUGCCAUGGGAAAGAUCACCGAAACGAGAACCAACUAUUAGACAAGUAGUCUCAGCAAAUCAAAAUAAAGACGCAAAGGGAAGAUUCUCGUUUGGUAGAAAAUCUGACAAGCAACCAAAGGGGCAAAAUAUAAAGGAAAUAAUUUACAAAAUCAUUCCUUAUUGUACAGUCAGAUUGUCUCGCUUAGAUUCUCCAAGCUCACAAUCGGCGAGGAGAAUGCAAUCAUCCGCUAAUAGAGCGUCGGUUGCAUCGGAAGAUUUUGCGAGUAGCAAUGAGACAGCCACAGAGCAGCCGGAGAAGCCGAUGGGGGUAGCCGACAUGAUCGCUGCCGAAUGGCCAAUGGAUAUCGCAGGGGAAGAAGUAGUCGAAUACUCGGAGAAUAGUUUCCGAGCACAAUACUCACCGAUGUCUGAGGAAGGAGUUGCAGCGGAACUUCAGAGAUAGAUAGCGGAGGCAGAACAGCAUGGGGAUUACGGGAAGUUCAAGCCCGGUCGGGAAAGUCCAUUGCAGCCACAAGGCGAAGAGCUGCAAUGAUGAAGAACGUUGUAAUACUCUAUGCUGACUUGACAUGCCAAUAAGCAGGAUGCGAUAUUUAAACUAUAUUUACAUUUAUUAUCCCCUAUACUAUAACAUAGUUGUAAUGUCAAAAUAAUAUAUAGUUCAUACGUUUAUAUAUAA